UAUACAACUUUUUUCUUUUUUUCUCUAUACAAUCUUCCCUUUUCUUAUUCUUUAAAAAAAUAUCCUCAAUACAGUGUAGUCUAACUCGGCUUGAGCUAAUGAGCUUAACUCGAGCUCGAAAGUCGAAACAGUAAAUCUGCCUAUGUCGAUAACUGGACGAAGUUGACUUUCAAAUAAAGAAUUGAUAACUCUUGAAUCAGGUAAUUAAUGAAAGGGAUUCCAAAUUGGACUAAAAGGGUAUUAGCAGUCAAAAUUUGAAGACAUCCCAUGGCAAUCAGGAGUAUGAAUUUUGGUGGGUAUGCCACUGUUUCCAUACAAACAAGAAUGUCUUCUACUUUCACACAAAAUUUGGAACUUUUAAACUGCUCAUCGCUUGAAUUUGAGAAGAAGGGCCAAGGAAGCUCCUUUAAUGGGGCUCGGAUGAGAGUAACAAUGAGGGACAGAAGCAAGAACAGGAAACCCUUGCAGAAAGGUCGAAAUCUAAGCAUCGAGGCCAUUCAAACAGUUCAAGCCCUCAAACGCGCAUCCAAAUCUUCAGACAAACAACAAGAAGUAAUUCAUUCCAAGUUUAGUAGAUUAUUGAAGUUUGAUAUGAUGGCCAUCCUCCGUGAACUACUACGCCAAGACCAUUCCCUGCUGGCUCUUAUGGUGUUUGAGGAGAUACAAAAGGAACAUUGGUAUAAACCUCAGGUAUCAUUAUAUGCUGAAAUAAUCAUGGUCUUGGCAAGGAAUGGCUUACAUGAUGAUGUCAAUAUCAUUUUUGUUGACUUGAAAAAUGAAAAGGGUAGAUUAGGAGCUAAGGCGGAGGAGUUUAAUGUGUUGUUGGAAACGUUGAUGAGUUACAACAAGAUUAGGCUUGCCAUUAAUUGCUAUGAGUUGAUGAAGGAGGUGGGAUGUGAUCCAGAUAGGUCAACAUUCAAGUUAUUAGUCCACAAUUUAGAAUCAAAAGGAGAAGUCAUCCUUUCAGAAAGUAUGAGGCAAGAAGCUCAUAGAUAUUAUGGUGAUUCUAUCGAGUUUGUAGAUGAGCAAGAAGAGAUGGCAAAGAGCUAAUCUCCAUAAUGUCAACCUAGCUCAUUCUCUGGAUCUUACUAAUCUGUCGUACCUAAAUCCACCUCUGAUUCUGAUUAUAUAGGAUAGAGAAGAAUCACAUUGGGAAGAACAGGUAAAGAGUUAUUAUUGAGAUAAUUAUAAAUUACAUAACUAUCGCAUUCAGCAAUCCGUUCUCAAUUAGCUAAGUAGAUGAUUUCUCAUAUUUCCAAACACUCUUUCUUCUUAUGUGUUGGUCACCUGAUGCUAACUAAUCUUCUUUCCUGUGCACUUAAGGGACUUGACCAUUAACCAAUUCGUCAUAUUAGUAAACGGCAUAAAUCAGUAAAUUACACUUGCAUUUUUCCUAUGGUGAUGCAAGAAUGUAUCAUUACCCCUUGACAUGUUAAUGAUAAAAUAAAACCUCGAUUAAAUCGUUGUACUAAUUAUUAAACAUUUAAAUUGGUCUAAAAUUGAUUGAUCUCAGUAAUAAUUUAUCUUGGUGUUAUUAUACCCCAACGCAAAUGCCUUGUGAAGCCAGGGGUGGAGGAUUUUGCAAAAUAGGUCACGGCUUCGAAUUCAUCUUCACUCCUUGCUAGUCAACAAAGUCAGCAGUUACUCAUUGCCUAGGUGUGGUUUUGGAAAGGGUCACAUUGGUCCCAAUGUGGAACUCUGGGCAAAGAUUGCCUGUCGAACCAACCUUUUGCAGGUAGUUCAUCUUGUGUUGCUUGCACUAGCAAACCACUAUGACAUUGGUUGCAAACCUGAUUCUACAUUGGCAUAUUCAAAUUAAAAUGGCUUGAAACAAAAUGAGGUUUUCAGUUAUUUUGCGUUUUGUAUUUGAUGUUUUUCAUCGUUCCUUUUGUAUGUAUAAACAUUUGGUAUUGUUCAAUAUCUGUGUGUACAAAAUAAAAUGUAGUUUCAGCUUUA